AUGGCCAUUCAAGCAAGAUUGGCCCAGAUAUCCUCAACAGCCCUGAGGAUAUCUGCAAUUCUGUUCUUCAGAUUGGCACAUUUUCCAUCCAUUGCUUUCGCGCUAUUUGCUGUCUACAUCCCAACUUACUUCGCUACGUACUUUGCUAAGCCAGAAUACGAGGUGUUGGAAGACAAUGUGAAUGUUACCGUGAAAGAGACCACCGUUGAGACAGUGACGCCUCUGCUGUCUGAAAAUGGAGUCACGGAUGAGUCGGAAGCCACAGUAGUAGCUAAGGUCAAGGUGCAGGAAGAGGUCGUGCUCAAAGAGAAGGAUGUCAAGCCGUGGAGUAUCAUCGUCUUUGGCGCGCCAAACGCAGCUCGUUUCUGGCCAUCCACACUCACCUUCCUGGUAAACGCGAUUCUCAUUGGGCUGGUUGCCGAUGCAUUAUACCGGGCAAGAUUGCUCUACCCGGUCGAUGAUCUGUCUUUCGUCAGACUUGGCUAUGUGUCGCACUUGGAAGCGAAGUUCCUCAUUCGGGAGCCGGAUCAGACUCAAUUGCCCGUUUACUUUGAAAUUCACAUCAAGGACCCCCAGCCUCCCUUUGACAAUGUACUGUGGCAAACCGUGGGGGUCCUCCCAGCAACGACCAACGAAACAGACUUCGCCAGCACGCUGGUAGUGUCUUUGCCUCACUCACAGCAGCGACGAUACGAGUGGAGAACAUCGAAUAAUCACUCUGGCGAGUUUCUAGCGCCUCCAAAACCAGGUCAGAUGCCUACCUAUAACGAUGGGAAGUUUACAUUCCUGUCUACUUCUUGCAUCCUCCCACGCUUUCCCUAUAGCCCCUUGGAUCACCCCCUCGCAAUCCCGGGUCUCCGUCAUCUGGCCGACAAACUUCCAGAGCUCGGUGCCCAAUUCAUGCUAUUCUUGGGCGACUUUAUAUACGUCGACGUUCCCCAGCGGUUUGGCAAAUCCGUCGAGGAGUACAGGAUGCAGUACCGUCAAGUUUAUGCUUCUCCUGAUUGGGCUCCUGUUGCGCAGAACCUAAGCUGGAUCCACGUUUUGGAUGAUCAUGAGAUUUCCAACGACUGGUCUUCAAACAACACUGGUAUUUAUAAUGCCGCCGUCGAGCCUUGGCACCAUUAUCAAGCAAAUCAAAACCCCCCCAAGGCCAUCGUGGCUGGCUCAUCAAACCAGCGUCGUCAAGAUGCCACCUGGUACGAGUUUGAGCAAGGCCCUGCAAGCUUCUUUAUGAUGGACACGCGUAGUUAUCGAUCCAGUAAUAGCUUGCCUUAUGAGGAUGAGGAGAAAACCAUGCUGGGCCAAACUCAGCUUGAGGAUUUUCUGGCAUGGUUGGCUCGCCCUGCUCCUGACGGAAUCAGGUGGAAGGUCAUCGCUACCUCCAUUCCAUUCACCAAAAAUUGGCCUGUUAACCUCCAGGACACCUGGGGUGGUUUCCUGGUUGAGCGAAAGAAGAUCCUUGAAGCCAUGUGGGACGCUGGCGAGCAAGGUACGGGCGUCAUUCUUCUCUCGGGUGACCGACAUGAGUUUGCUGCUACGAAGUUCCCACCUCCUCCUGGCUCGCGUUGGAACCAGUCUGCUACCGUAUACGAAUUUUCAACAAGCCCUCUAAAUCAGUUCGCAUCUCCCAUUGCAACAUACAAGCAGACUGAUGACGAGGAUGUUAAGCUAGAGUAUAUCCCUUCCGGUACCUCGAAGUUCGGUUCGUUCACAAUUGAGAACACUGACGGCGAAAGCUCUCUUCUCUACCAUCUUUUCAUUGACGGAAAGGAACGGUGGAAUACCACUGUCGUGGCACCACCUGUGCCCGAGAGCGACAGUGCUCUUUCUUCUUUCUGGUCCAAGUUUAGACUCCUCUAG